CUAAAGGGCCAACUAACUAGUUUUUUACUAGAAUGAACCUUCAUGCUCAUAAACAGUGCGUUUUGGGUGGAAAGUUGGGGAUUUGGGGUUGUUAUUGGGCACCCCAAGAAAACCAGGGAGUGUAUAAGUGAUGAUCAUUGUUAGUGUACAGGGACUGAAAACAGUCAAACUACGUCAGAUGUACAUAAAUGUGCAUGAACUGGUGGGAUCCAUUCAUCUGUCUGUGUGUUCUCAGAGUGCCUGCAAAACAUCCAGCUCAGCUCAACAGGUGAGAAGAGAGGGAGUCACACACACACACAAAGCUGAAGCAGGGAAGAUGAAUUGGAUGACACAGUGAGAGACAGAGGGAGGGACUGAAUUACCAUAGAAACUGCUCAGACUGUUUAGAGAAGCAGCAGAAAAAGGUGAAAGCUGAAGUGGUCUAACUGUCAAGGUCAGCGGUCACCUAAAUUGCUACUACACUGAUCACUGCUUACCACCGAUGUUUGCUGAACUUUUUAAAUAACAAGGAAAAGCUGUGUUUUGAAGCUGCUGAUAUAUCAAAGUAAAAGGAUGUUUUUGUAUUUCUUGUGAUUAUUCUGACGGGCGGCAGAUAGAACAGGAGCCAUAUGGAGUAAAAGUCAUUUGUGGCACAGGUGAACACCUGAAGUCAUCUGAAAAUCUACUGCACAGAAGCAUACAAAUUUAACAUUGAAUGGUAGGGAGACCAAGGAUGACAGAGAAGAAGCUUGACAGAAUCCCAAACGUACAAGCCACAGCCUUGUUCAAUUUCUCCCUCACAUGAAAUUCACUUAAUCCUUCACAAUGUCAUCCAGAGGUGGAGUUCCUCCCAACAUCAGUGCCUCAGUACUCCAAGACUUCCUCCCCUCUUUUUCGCCUUCUCCCUCAACCACCCCUCCAUCUCCAUCUUGCAGCAUAGACGAGUCCUACAAGUACAUCUUCCUCCCCAUCUGUUACUCUUUCACGUUCAUCUUCAGCAUUUCCCUGAACUCCGUCAUCCUCUACCGUUCCUUCCGCCGCACCAAGCGCUGGAAUGCCUCGCUGAUCUACAUGGUCAACCUGGCCUCUACAGACUUCAUGUACGGCCUGUCACUGCCAUUCCUUGUGGCGAGUUACAUUAUGCGUGAUCGCUGGGUCUUCGGGGACUUCAUGUGCCGCCUGGUCCGUUUUCUCUUCUAUUUUAACCUCUACUGCUCCAUCUUCUUCCUCACUUGUAUCUCUGUCCACAGAUACCUCGGUAUCUGCCACCCAAUGAAGGUCAUCACACUGGAGACCAAGAAGGCUGUCAAGUGCACUUGUGUCGUGGUUUGGAUUGUAGUGUUUGCUCUGACCUGCCCCAUUUUCCGGUUUGCUCAGACUGGUCACGUGACAAGAUUGGCAGGGCUUGGCGGCAAUGCAAGCAGUAUUGACAAUCCAAGCCAUGAGAUAUCAUUGAUAAAUGGUAAUGCCAGCUAUAGUAACUUGGAAGGGGUCAUUGAGGAGUACCAGAACUGUUGGGACGAUGCCAUAGAUAAGGAGUUUCCUGAUUACAUACCCUAUGGCAUCAUACUCCAUCUGCUGGGCUUUUUUGUGCCUUUUUCCAUUAUUGCUUGGUGUUACUCUCACGUUGUUCUAACCAUAUUUAGGACUCUGCAUUCACAGCCCUCAUCCCGGAGAGUUCAGAGAGAGGGAGGGCGUGAAGGAAUAGAGAGAAGUAGUCCUGGAAUAGUUGGAAGAGGAAGAGGAGGAAGAAGAGGAAGAAGAGGAAGCAAUGGAAUAUUGAGGGCACUGGGAAGAGAUGAAGGGACUUCCAUUUUCCUUGGCGCCCACUCACCUUAUGCCAAUCGCAGACGUAAGUCUAUCAAGACCAUCAUCACCAUCACCCUUCUCUUUGCCCUGUGUUUCUUUCCCUUCCAUGUUACUAGAACCAUCUUUCUCCUGCUGAAAGUGACCAAGGGAGUCCCCUGUCACACCAUGACCAUGGUCUCCAUGUGUUAUAAGAUCACAAGGCCUUUAGCGUCAUUCAAUGCAUGGCUCAACGCUCUCCUUUAUUUCCUGACUAAAGACAAAGGGGGAGCUCACUGCUGCCAGCCGGUAAACACCACCACCCAACAACACAGUGGGUUUCUAUUGCCACUGAGGAUGAUGGGAAAAGGAGAGGAUGCAGAGGAGGGAGGGUUGGAAGACGGAAUUGACAAUAAGGAGAGAGUAUUUCACAACAGUCCGUCAUAUAUGAACAGAGCAAAAGUUAGAUAUAUAGUUGAAUGAAUGUUUUCAUGAGGAAUGAGAGAAUGAAUUUUAGAUGCAGUGUAGCUUGUCUUUUACUGGAAAACAAAAUAUUAUAUAAUGAGCACUGUAGGAAAAGUAAUGAUUAAAGAAGACCCACCAAGAAUCUUAAUAUGACUUUUAUUUCUAAUUGUAUGUACCUAUUUCUGGUCUGCUACAAGUUAUACUUUGAAAGUUACCUAGAGAAUAAAUGCAAUAUGAAUAUAUGUGUGACACCACAUUAUUGUGAUAAUCUGUUAUUUUGUUUCACAGGGUGUGUAUUUUUAAUGUCUGACGAGAUACACUGGAAUCACUGAUUUCCUUUUAUGUCUGGGGUAUGCUUGGAACAA